CGUUGCUGUUUUGUUCGACUCCGCCCCACUUUCACUGAGUUGCUAGGCAACGAUAGUCAGGUGAUUGUCUGCAGACAGAACAUGGCUGACCUGUCAGAGGACAAGUGAGGGAAAGGCCAGAUUUAGUAUAAUCGAUCUUAUUAUUUACGGCGUUUCUGACCACAGUUGACCGUCGUGAACAGCAGUCAACCAGAGAUGAGUGAGGUGCCAGGGGGAAUGGCAAAUGGCCCAAGCAGGAGUGAACACUUAAAGAAAGAUGCUCAAAUUUGGGAGAGACCCUGGACUCUUGAAGAGAUGCGACAGAGCAGUGCCAAUUGGUCCUUGGCAGCUGACUCAGGGCUCUUCUUGUUCCUCCAAGACUUCUCCCAUAAAAUGUUGUCAAAGACGCAUGAGAUUGAAAAGCAGUUGGACAGUCUGAUCCGUGACGUCAAGGCCACAGACAGCUGCUUGCACUCUGUCUUUAAUGACUUUCUCAUGCUCUCCAAUACACAGUUUAUAGAAAAUAGAGUAUAUGAUGAAGAUGUAGAAGAAACUAUACCCAAGGCUGAUGCUUUGGAGAAGCAGCCAGAGCAGGAGAAGACUCGAGAGCAGAAAGAGGCAGAAUUGAUCCCUAAGAUGCAGGAAGCUGUGAGUUAUGGUCUGAAAGUGCUGGAGUCAGCCUUUGAGCAUCUGGACAUCAAAGCAGGAAACUCUGACUCAGAGGAUGAGGAGGUCGCUGACAGAAUGGAAGCCAUCUUAGAGCCCAAGGAUCUUUAUGUGGACAGGCCACUUCCAUAUCUGAUUGGUUCCCGGGCCUUCAUGGAACAAGAUGAUGUUGGACUUGGUGACCUCUCAAGUGAUGAAAUGUCUGUUGACAGUGACAGAGACAGCGUGAUUGAGAGCAAAGAUGGCAAAGAAGCAGUUAAUUCAGAUGAUGACUUUAGUCAAGAGGAGGAUGAAGGUCACAAUAAUAUUAAGAGGAAGUCAUCCAUGUUGAGUUAUGAGGAUGACGACGAGGAGGAGGAUGAAGAUUCUGACAUAUUUGGAGAAUCAGACAAAGAAGAUGAUGAUGAUGAUAACUCAAAGAAUACAGGCCCAUCAUCUUUUGCUGAUGAGCUGGCAGCUCGAAUCAAAGGUGAACCAGUGAACACCCCAGAGGGAGAUGGUGCAUCAUUGGCAUCUAAGAAGAAAGGUAAAGGCAGGAAACCACCAAAGCCUGCAAAACCACAGGCUGCUGAAGAGGACAGCGAUGACAUGUUUAAGCCACCCAAGAUGGAUGAUGAUGAGUUCUCCCCAUUUGGUGGGAAAAGUGGCCUCUUCAGUGGAGGGAGAGGUCUAUUUGAUGAUGAUGAGGGUGAUCUUUUUUCUGAGGCACAAAAACCUCCUGUGUUGGAUGAUAAAAAAGCACUGAAUGAAAGCACAAAGAGCACAGCUCAAACUAUAGAUUCUGGCAAACCUGGGAAGAAGAUUCCACCGGGUGCUGUUCCAAUAUUCCCAGCUAACAGCCUGUUCAGUUCAGGGAAUGACUCGGAUUCACUGGAGAGCAAGGAAAAUGGAACUUCAUCUCCCAAGACCAACGCUGCUUCCAAACAGGUUCCAGCAGGAGCCAGUGGGGGAGGAGGUGGGCUGUUUGAUGAUGAUGAUGAUGAAGAUUACUUCUUCAGUGGUAAAAGCCUGAAAAAGUCUGAUUCUGCUGGGAUGGAGAAACCCAAACCCAAGAAGGCUAUUGACCUAUUUGAUGAAGAUGACGAGGAUGGUGACAUGUUCAGUGAGAAGUCUAAUGUGCCAACUCCAGCUCAGAGCAAGAAUGAGGUAGUGGAAGAACAAGGCAAACCACCUGACAAAAAGGUGCUGGCGGGGGCCGUCUCUAUGUUUGGUCCAGAAACCAAAAGCUUGCUCAGUGAAGGCCUGAAAAAACGUCAGCCACCUACUAGUGAGGAGUCUUCGAAAUCUGAGGAGACUGGGCCUCCUGGAGAUGUUGGGAAAGCUGCUGUCAAACAGACUCAGAAACCCCAGACCAGAGGCCUGUUCUCUGACGAUGAAGAUACACAAAUAUUUCCAGCCAUCCCUAAGAGUCAGUCUAAACCUGAACCUACAAGUCAGAGCAAAAUCGGCAAGCUCCCUUUGUCCUUAUUUGAUGAUGAGGAAGAAGAGGAUCUGUUUGCAUCUGCAGCUAAAUCUAACUCAAAAGCUAAUCAAGCUAAAGCCUCCACACCACAACCCAGUAAGACUGUCUCCAGCUCCCUCUUCAGUGAUGAUGAGGACCAGUGGAUAAGUCCCAAAAAUGGUGCAACAAAGCCAGAGACCAAGACAGGAAGGAUGAAACCCAGUGCCAGUGCCCCUUCCAGUCUACCCAGUGCCAACUCAUCUCAAAGGAGCAGCCUCUUUAAUGAUGAUGACGACUUGUUUGCUCCAACAAAAGAGUCAAGUCUCAAGAAGCCUCAGAGAGUUGCUCUCUUGUCUGAAGAUGAGGGUGAUGAUGAUGAGGAUAAAGGAUCUCUCUUUGGCAUCAAACCUGCUGUCAGCACUAAUACUGCAGCGCAAGCUGCUAAAGUGAGUGCAACACCUGCUGUGUCCAGUCAGCUGUUCUCCCAGACAGAAAAAUCAGAGAAUGUUGCAGUUUCUAGGACAGUAUCGAAGAACAAGCCUUCAGUCCCGGAGAAGCCAUCAGCAAAGACCCCUGAGCUACUCCCAUCAUCACCAGAGAAUAGUGAAAGUAAAAAGAAGCCUGCUGGAGCUGUCAGUCUCUUUGGAGGCAUUAAUAUUGUUGCCAGCAAGCAGACAAAGAGCCCUUUGGAUGAAGAUGACAAUGAUGACAGCUUCAUCUCUAAGGACAGCCCACCACCAAAUGUUAUGAAGGCAGAGAAGAAGGAGGAGAAAGUCAAAUCAAACACUGUUAGCCUUUUUGAUGAUGAGGAGGAAGAUGACUCAGAUUGGAAAGAUCCAAUAUUCACACCUGAAUCUACAGCCAGAAACACACUAAAGCCCACAGAAGCGCGGCCAAGGACAAAGAGCACAGGUGUGUUUCAGGAUGAGGAGCUGCUUUUCAGUCAGAUGCAGCAGAAGGACAAUGACCCAGAUGUUGACCUCUUUGCCACCUCAGGGAAAGCUGUGAGCUCCAAAGUCAACUCUGUGAAGCCAGCAGCACAAGUCCUGUUUGCAGAUGAUGAUGAGGAUGACCUCUUCACAUCGAUCAAGCCAAAAGCUCCUCCUCCGGUAGCAAUUUGGGGGGGCGGCUUUAAAGUAGCAGAGAAACCCAGCAAACCUAAUGACAGAUCACCACUAACAAGUCCAGAAUCAGUGAUUAAGAAACCUGCAGCAAGCCCUGUAAAAGCUAAAGAUUCCUCAUCAAGGAUUGGGAUACUUCAAGCAAAUCUGAUGAUCAACCCUGCUGCGUUGCUCCCUGGUGCUGUCCCCAGUAUACCAGGAGCUGUAAGUGUACUCCCUGGCAUGACUCCGAGUUCUUCUUCUGGGGUGUCCAGCUCCAGUCUGAGCCCCACCAGUGCUACAAGUCCUGUAGGAGCCCAGCCAGGCCAUGAGGGAGGAGUGAGUUUUGACACCCCAGCCCAGGUUACAACACUGCAGAGUGCACACAAGAGUCGUGCCAAAGGUUCUGGACAUCGGAGACCCCAGUCCAGAGCUGCGAGGCAGCAAGCUGUCCAAAGAUCUGUGGAGGUUAGGGAAGAGACCUUGGGUGGAGAUGUUCCUGGGCUGCCUAGUUUAGUCUUACCUCCAUCAGAGAAGUCCAGCCAGAUGCAAUCUAGUCCGACACUACUUAACUCAGCUGCACCCACAGCCUUGCCUGUUUCCUCGCCUACUCAACCCACGCCUUCAGAAAUCUCCCCCAGACCUUCUGUACUGACACUGCCACUAUCCACAGACGCUGGAAAGAAAGACCCUACCAAGGACAGUCUUAGUACCAGAGUGCUGCCAUCUUCUGAUAGGGAAGAUCUGUUUGGAUCUGAUGUUCUGUUUGGGGCAACCUCAGUCUCUAACACACUCUCCACCAGACAGACUACCAAGAUUACACAACCUCAGGCCAGUAGUGGGGUGGGGCUAAAGAAAGACAAAGACAAAAGCACACCCCCAUCCAUUUUUGAUGACAACACUGAUGACCUUUUUCAAAGGGUGAAGCCAAAAUCAAAUACUAAGAAAGCUAAGGCCUCACCCUUUUUGGAAGAAGAAGAAGAACAUGAUGAGGACAUCUUUGGAGUGAGCAACAGGUCCACCCCCUCAUCUACAAGUAGUAAAGAAAUCAAGAACAGCAGUAGUUUUUUUUCAAAGCAGGAUAUCUUUGAGGAUGAAGUAGCCGUUGUGCCUAAAGUUCACAAGAAGCACAAAGAGAAGACCAUUGAUGCCAGCUUGUUUGAUGAUGAUGUAGACAUUUUUGCAGACCUGACAGACACUUUAAAACCAAAACAGAAGUCAAAGACAAAGGGAGAAACCAAAUCAAUAUUUGAUGAUGACAUGGAUGACAUCUUCUCACCAAACACGGUAAAACCAGUGGCAAAGGCUCCCCAUAAAUCCAAGAAAACACCACCGUCCCAGGAGACCACUACAGCAGCAGAUUCAAGCAACAUAUUUGAUGAUCCACUGAAUGCUCUUGGUGGGACCUGAACUGUUGUUCUGAGUAGCCAGAUUUAUACUAUUGUGGAUUUUGUCAUUCGAAUUGCUGAAAGAUUGGAGAUCGGAUACAAUGUUGAGUAUUUAUUCAUAUAAACUCAUAUAAAUACUAUGGGUUUUUUUUUUUUUUUUUUUUUUUUUUUUUGCAAAAGAAGACUCACGAGAAUGAUUCUGUUCAGCUUCUUAUGGCAUUUCCAAAAUCAUCCUGGCAUCAGAUUGUAUUAUAUAGCAGUUAUUAAAUACUGUAAAUCUUUAUUAUACAUGAUAGCACUUUAUAAGCAUACCAUAUGCUUAGCCUCGAAGCCUGCAGAAAUUGACAGUUAAUAGUUUUGUUUGUUUUGAAGAAGUCUAUCCUUUGGCUUUGCCAUGUUGAGAUUCCAUGUCUUUAAGGUUUGUGCUGUAAUCAUGGUUAUGAGAAAUGAAUCUGUUUACUGACUGUCCUUGGCAUUUUGACAAUGUUUUUAUUAAUAAGAAAUUCAUCCAUUUCUUAACUUUGGCUGUGACAACAAAAGAAAUUCCUUUUUAAUAACUAAAAAUAAUCAUAUUUUAUGCUGCCUGAAAA